CAUUUCAUAUCCAAUUCAUUCUGUAAGAAGAAAAGAAGAAGAAGCUUGAGGAGAGAUGUCUGAUGAGAAACAUCCAUCUAUAAACGAUGCGCUCUCUCAUAGAACAUCAAUCUUCGGUCUUCGUUUAUGGGUUGUAGUUGGAAUUGGUUGUGGAGCUGGAAUUGUUGUUAUUCUCUUCCUAAUUUCACUCUGGUUCAUCUCUAGACGAAACAACAACAAAAACCCAUCUUCUAAUAACACUAAACCCACAACAGUUCCUAACAUCAAGGAAAUCCAGGAGAUUAGAAUCGAUCCUCUCAACAGUAAUGAAAAAACCCUCAAGCCGAAUCAAGAACAGGUGAUAGUUUCUGACCCAAUUGCUGGAUUUGAUGAUGGGAGUCCGAUUAGGCGACAGAGGAUGAUUCAAGUUGAUAUUGGAAAGGGUAAUAAUCGGAUUUCAUAUCCUGAGAAGCCAUCUGGCGGCGGCGGCGGCGGAGGCGGUGGAGGAGGAGGAGGAAGUUCUUCUAAUGGAAGUGGAGAGACUAGGUCUGGUGGUGAUCAGGUUGCUGUUUCUAUUGCUGCACCUGAGGUAUCUCAUUUGGGUUGGGGACAUUGGUAUACUUUAAGGGAGCUUGAAGAUGCUACUAAUGGAUUUACAGAUGAGAAUGUGAUUGGUGAAGGUGGGUAUGGUAUUGUUUAUCGUGGUAUUUUGGAAGAUAAUUCUCGUGUGGCUGUCAAGAAUUUGCUCAAUAACAGGGGUCAAGCUGAGAGGGAGUUUAAGGUCGAAGUUGAAGCAAUUGGACGCGUUAGGCAUAAGAAUUUGGUGAGAUUGCUUGGUUAUUGUGCUGAAGGAGCUCACAGGAUGCUCGUCUAUGAAUACGUAAACAAUGGCAACUUAGAACAAUGGCUUCACGGAGAUGUCGGGCCAUAUAGUCCUCUUACAUGGGACAUACGUAUGCAUAUCGCACUAGGAACCGCAAAAGGACUUACUUAUCUACACGAGGGUCUCGAACCAAAGGUUGUUCAUCGCGAUAUAAAGUCGAGUAACAUAUUGCUCGAUAAGCAAUGGAAUGCAAAGGUAUCGGACUUUGGCUUAGCCAAGUUAUUAGGCUCGGAGAGAAAUUAUGUGACAACUCGAGUAAUGGGAACAUUCGGUUAUGUUGCGCCUGAAUAUGCUAGUACCGGAAUGUUGAAUGAAAGAAGCGAUGUUUAUAGUUUCGGAAUUCUUCUUAUGGAGCUUCUUUCCGGAAGGAACCCUGUUGACUAUAGUCGCCCUCCCGGGGAGGUAAACAUGGUUGAUUGGCUUAAAUCAAUGGUGACAAAUCGAAAUUCGGAGGGAAUUUUGGAUCCUAAAAUACCCGAGAAGCCUUCUUCGAGAUCAUUGAAGCGUGCUAUAUUAGUAGCUUUACGUUGUGUAGAUCCAAACGCUCAAAAGAGGCCAAAGAUGGGGCAUGUCAUACACAUGCUUGAAACCGAUGAUUUUCCUCUAAGAGAUGAUAGGAGGCCGACGAGAGUUAAUGGGCGUAUAAAUGACCGAUUGAUGGAGAAACGGGUGAGUGAAUCAGGCGAUAGUAGUGGAUACGAGAGUGGAGCCCAACCCAACAAAUUACUCCCAUGGCGUAAACUAGAACAGCAUGAACACGAAGAUGAAGAAGAACACUGAUUGUUGCCUGGAACAUAGCAUGAGACAAAUUGUUUCGAAUAGAGGUAAAUUUGUUCGUUAUAUACUUAUAUAUGUCGUCGGGAACCAACAACUGGAGGAGUUGAUGUUUGUCUUGUAGGCGUGUUAUACCUCGAAUGUCGAAACAUUAUUGUAUAGUUUUGGUAUGGAUUUUAUUUUGUUUAA